ACAGCAUGAGCCCAUCUCACUACACUCGCAUCGUCCUCAAUGAGAGACCCGUGAGCGACAUCGACGCCAACACAUUUCGGCAGGAGAGUGUUCCGUUCGACUUGAAACCUGCGACUGGCCAGGUGCUCGUAAAGACGACAUGGCUUUCCACCGAUCCAUCCAUGCGUGCUUGGUUGAACGACAAGCGAGGGUAUCUACCACCAGUGCAAAUUGGAGAGACCAUGCGCGCUGCUGGUCUCGCGACUAUCGUGGAAGCGGGAGAGGGCUCUAAACUGCCGUCCGGGCAGCUUGUUGCAUGUGUACCUGGCUGGGCCGAGUAUGCGGUGCUGAGCGAGAAGGACGUCACACCGAUUCAUUUACCGCCUGGUGCACAGGCGCUGGAUUUUCUGGGUCCUCUCGGAUACACAGGCUUGACCGCUUACUUUGGUCUCGAUGACAUCGCCAAGGUCAAGCCAGGCGAGAUAAUGGUCGUCUCAGGCGCGGCCGGGGCUGUCGGUUCCAUUGCCUGCCAAAUCGGAAAGCGACAAGGCGCGAAGGUGAUCGCCAUUGCUGGAACGGACGAAAAAUGUCGAUGGCUUGAAAAGGAGCUUGGCGUUGACAAGGCGCUCAACUACAAGAGCCCCACAUUCCACAAAGAAUUUGUCGAUGCCGUGGAUUACCUCGAUGUAUUCUUCGACAAUGUCGGGGGUGAUAUCUUGAACUUCGCCUUGACUCGGCUGAAGCAGCAUGCUAGAAUUGUACUCUGUGGUGCUAUUUCGGAUUACAACAAUGCAAAACCCAAGGGCCUCACGUCAUAUAUGAACAUCAUCACUCAACGCGCAAAACUCCAAGGAUUGAUCAUCCUGGAUUACGCACCUCAAUACGCUGCUGCAAGGGAAGUAAUCGCUGGCUGGUUGGCCGAUGGUUCCCUUAAGCGCAAGUUCCACAUCGUAGAAGGCCUCGAGAACGCGCCAAAAGCUCUUCCGAUGCUCUUUAAUGGUGGAAACACGGGGAAACUAGUCAUUCACGUCUCGGGGCCGUCUGCGAAGCUCUGAACAUUUGAUUGAAAUGUACUUACCCGGGGCGAGGGACUCGUCAAUCUCGAGGAUAGGCUUCUUUCUUGGAUGAGACUUUUUGGCUGCAUCUAAUUUAACUUCUUGAUCGCACUUCAAAUGACUCGUAACAAGCAAAAUGAUC